AAAAAAAAAAAAAACAAUCAAUUUUCCCGCCAUUAGAAAUUAGGGUUCGCCAUUUUGCAUCACUACUUUAACUCUACUUCAGAAUCAGAAAUGGAUACGAUUUAGGAAUAUAUGUGAGCCAAGUAACACACACAGCUUUUUUUUUUUUUUUUCAGCUUCUAAAUUCUUAACCUGAUUUUCCUAUUUAAAAAUGGUCCAGUAAUUUCCCAAAUCGUUUAUCUGGCCGAGGAAUUCAAUUGAAUCUUUUUCUAUCAAUGGCCGGUCAAUCGGAUCCUCACGUGUCUCUUUUUUCUGCGGAAGAGCUUGAGUUCAUGGCCGAGGAUGAAUUAGUGGAGAUCGUUCCCAAUAUGAGAAUGGAACCUCUCAAUCUCCUCUGUGGGGAUUAUGGUCCAUUCUUUCCUCAAAUGGUCACCCAGGUGCCGGUUUGGCUGGCGAUUGCUUUGAAGAAGAGAGGGAAAUGCUCAAUUCGACCUCCUGAGUGGAUGUCCGUUGAAAGUUUGACUCGGAUUUUGGAAUCAGAGCGUGAAUCUCAAGAUGUAUUUCAAGUGCUUCCUUUUCAUUAUGUGGAAAUUUCAAAACUUCUUUUUGAUCAUGCACCUGGGGAUAUUCCUGACAUAUACAUGGUGAGGUCUCUUAUCGAGGACAUCAGAGAUGUAAGAUUUCAUAAAUUUGAGACUAGCUUAGAAUCAUUUGAGGCUGCUCGUUCCUCUGCUGUGAGGAUUAACAACUUAUCUGCUAUGGAAGUGAAUAUAGCACGCCCAUUUGUCAGUAGAGCUCUACAGGCAUUUUAUAAGCAUACUAGUCCAGAUUUGGUUCCAAAUGCAGAGACUGUGCCUAACAGAUGGCAACAACCAGCUGAUCCAGGACAGAAACGCACUCUCCGGAAAAGGUAGAAGCUUUAUUAGCAGCGAGUAUCGACACUGUCACAUUUAGACAGAAAAAGUAAUCUUGCAUGAUAUUUCUAGCAGGGAAGGUAGUUCUCAUUUCUUUGAAAACCCUUAUCAAUGGAAUCCUUUUAUACAGUAUGGUAUAUGUCACUUUUUCUGGGCAGUCCUCAGAGGGUAAUGUUAUUAUCUAUAAUGCUAUAAGACACCAAAGUGCAGAUAGGAACAUUGAGGUCAACACAUUUCUACAUGAUUCAUUGUAUUAUUUGUUUGCUUCAUGUGGCAUAACCAAUAUAUUUGUGCUUCAUUUCUUCAGUUAAAAAUGGUUGACUAGGCCUUACAUUCCA